UUCAUCAACAAGUGUUUCAGCAUCAAGGGCCACGACAAGGCCGAGCAGGUGAAGUGGCAGGAAGCGAAGCAAGCGUGUGAGAGCCAGGGCGCCGUGCUGGCCACCAUCUCCAACCACCUAGAGCAAGCUUUUAUAACCUCCAUCCUUCCCAAUGUGACCUUUGACCUUUGGCUCGGCCUCCACGACGCCAAGCAGGAGUUCCAGUGGGUGGAAUCGGAACCUCUCCGAUACGUCAACUGGGCCCCAGGGGAGCCCUCCGGGUACGGCACCUCCGCAGCGAACGACAAACCGACUAACUGCGUGAUGGUUUGGCACGGCUCCCCUCCCCACUUCACUGGCCGCUGGGACGACAGGAACUGCCUGGAGGAGAAGCACGGCUACAUCUGCCAGCGGAGCAUAGACCCAGCUCUGAGCUCAUCCCGGACCAGCUACCCCCCGUCCCCCAGCUCCCUGCUCUCCUACCUCAACAGCACCUACCGCAUCCUGCAGAAACCCCUGAAGUGGCAGGAGGCCCUGCUGCUGUGUGAGACCCGCAACGCCACGCUGGCCAGCGUGCUGGAUCCCUACACCCAGGCCUACCUCACCCAGGCCAUCAGCAGCUUGCGGGCCCCGCUCUGGAUCGGCCUGGCCAAUGAGGAGGGAGGCCGGAGCUAUUCCUGGCUCACAGAAGAGAGCCUCUCCUAUGUCAACUGGCAGGACGGGGAGCCUCGGCAGGUCACGGGCUGCUCCUACGUGGACGUGGAUGGGACGUGGCGGACGGCCGGUUGUGACACCAAACUGCAAGGGGCUAUCUGCAAGGUCAACACAGGGUCCCCCCGGUCACACAAGUGGAGUUACAGUGGGAGCUGCCCCAAGUCGGUGGAGGAUUCCUCCUGGAUCCCCUUCAGGAAUCACUGCUACACUUUCCACAUGGAGGUCACUCUGGGGCAGAAGGAGGCCAUGAAGAGAUGCCAGAAAGCUGGCGGCACGGUGUUGUCCAUCCAGGAUGAGAUGGAGAAUGUGUUCGUUUGGGAGCAUCUCCAAGCCUACGAGAGCCAGUCCAAGGGUGCCUGGUUGGGGAUGACGUUUAAUCCCAAAGGAGGCACCUUGGUUUGGCAUGACAACUCAGCCAUGAACUACUCCAACUGGGGCCAGCACGACACCGGCCCCAGCAUGCUGAGCCAGAACAGCUGCUACUGGAUCCAGAGCAGUAACGGGGUCUGGCACCUGGGCUCCUGCUCUAAUGUCACCAUGGGGGUCAUUUGUAAGAUCCCCCGAG